AUGAAAGUUCAUCAAAAAUACAGAAGUAUGUGGAGUCAAUCUUACACGCCAAUAAUAACUUCAGAUAUCAUGUCACCUACCCUUACUGAGAGACAACAAAGUCAACGCUUAAUACCUAUAGUUGAACUGCCUAUAGUUGAAUCCACCCAAAGUCGACAUUCAACCUCAUCUAUAGUUGAACUCACCUGA